AUGGAUCAUUCAAAUAUAUCAACAUUCAAAAGACCUAAUGAAAUACCAACAAGAGAACAACUAGCGGAAAUAUUCAAUCCACCUACAAAGAAAAGGAGACUAUCAAUAACAUCAACUAUACCAAAAAAACCAACAACAAUCAAUGAAAAAACUUCAACAUUAUUAAAUUCAGUUCCUCCAAAUAUAAUACCAAUAAUUCAUCCUCCAUCAAUAACUUCUGAUUUUUUCACAGAUAUAACAACAGAUUUAAGUGACAAAAAUAUACAAAAUCAAAUACAAGGAAUAAUUGAAAAAUUUCCUCCACCAAUUCCUCCAAUCCAACCAAUUCAAUCAGAUAAUGAAGAAUUAAGUGAUGAUGAAAAAGGUGGUAUAAUGAUUCCUUUUAUUUAUCCACCUCCUCCAAUUAUUGAUUUAGAUAAAUUACCAUUUUCAAUAGCUUCAUUUCGAAAAAAGCUUGGAUAUAAACGAAGCGAAUCGGGAAGAUUAAUUAAUGAUGAGGAUUUUGAUGAAGACGAAGAUGAAGAAGAUGAAGACGACGAUGAUUAUGAAGCUUUUGAUGAUGAUGAUGAUGAAUUUGAAAAGGAAAGAGAAGAAGAUACUGAUUAUAAUUCAGAAACACCAGUCAGCGAUGAACCACCAAACAAUUUAUCCCUUUUACCAAAAAAACCAAAAAGUACAAAACAAUCUAGAAAAUUAUAUGUUCAAGCACCACCAUUACCUUUCCCACCAAAACAUUAUAUGCAAUAUCCAUUAAUAGCAGAUAAAUCAGCAUUAGUUCCAGAAGAAGUAUUUGCAUCAUUUAUAGAAGCAAAUGAAGAAAUUCCAAGAGUUGAUAUGGUUAUAGCAAGUGCAGCAGGUUCAUUAUUUGAUUUAAGAAAAGAAGCUAUAGAAGAAGGAUUAACAAUAGAUAUAUUUGAAGCAAUGAGUAAAAAAUGGGAAGCAAACAAUAGAAGAAAUGAAGAAAUUUUAUUAAGUGGUGAUGAAACUGAUGAUUCAACAAAGCAACAAAAAUUAGAUGAUAGAAUGAAAUAUUAUCAAAAUAUUGAUACUAAAAUUUAUGAAGAUCCUUAUAAAUCACAAUGGCCUUUGGAAAAACAAGAUCAAAUAUAUAGAGAUCCAAAAUUUGAAAAAAUUAAUAGAACAAUAAGUAAUGUUAAAUCAACUUCUUCAUCAGGUAAAAUUCCAACUCAAAAUUUAUAUAAAAAUAUUUAUUCAUAUCCACGUCAUGUUGAUUAUUCAUUUAAAAGAAUAGAUAGAACAAAAGUACUAUCACAAACAAAAGAUGUUGCAAAUGCAACAGGAUCAUUUAAAGAAAGAAGAAGAAAAAAUUUAAGAUCACAAUUAGAAAAUCUUGAAGAAUAUGAAGAAGAAAAUAAAUCAGAAAUAUACAAAUUUCAAAAAUAUCAAUUAUUAGAAAGAUUAAAAAAUUUAAAAAGCAGUAAGAUAAAAUUUAUAAAUUCAAAAAUUAAUGAUUCAGAGCUACUGGAAUUAAAUAAAAAUUUUGAAAUUAAAAGAGAUUAUGAAUUAGUAAAAUUAAAAAUUUUUGAAAAAUAUGAAUUAUUAAAAAAUUCUUUAUUAUUUUAUGAAGAUUCAAAUAAUAUUUAUAAACAAUUAAAUUCUUUAUUUUUAAAUAAAUUGGAGAAAUUGAAGAAUUUUUUUGAAUAUCAACGGGAUUUGUUUAAAGAAUUAUUAGAAGAAAAAGGAAAUGAUGGUGAAGAAGGAGAUGAAGAAGAAUCAAGUAUAUUUGAUAUUACUAGUAAAGAAUCAUCAAGAUUAUUUAAUGGUAUAGCAAAUGAUAAUGAACUAUUGGAUCUAGACCUAAAUAAUCAAUCUGAGUUGAAUAACAACAAUAAAUUAAUAACUGAAUUAUUAAAUAUAUCAUCAGAUUCAAAAAAUCCAAUAGUUCAUGAUUUUAUGCCAUUAAUAAGUAAAGAAGAAUUUGAUAUAAUAACAAAUGAUUUACCAAAAAAUUUAAAACCUGGAUCAACUUUACUGGGUUCAUCAAAUUUAAAAAAUUCAAGAAAACAUGCAAUAUUUGCAAAUUCAAUAUAUGAUAAAAUGAUGACUUCUGGUUCAGAUACAAAUGUAAGUGAUAAAAAUUCCAAAACAGUAAAUAUUAAUGAAAAACCAACUCCAAAAAGAAGAGGUAGAAGAGCUGCAAAUCCACCACAAACUUCGACUCAACAAAAUAAUGGUGGAACAGCAAGUGGAUCAGAUAGAAAUGGAUCAUCUAAUAUCACUGCAGCUAAUACAAUUAAUUUUAAUGAUAGAUUCAACAAGGAUAAUAGUCUAGAAACAAAAUAUUCAGAAGCUGCAUUAUUAGCUAAAAUAAAUAAACAAUUUAUUGGACCACAAAUGGCAAGUACAAAUGAAAUGAUGAAUGAUUUAGAAUUAAUGGGUAUAAAAACUAAAUGGCCAAUAAAGUAG